AUGGCGAGUGAUCAGGGCGCUGUUGGGUUGAAGGCCACAAACACCUCGCCUCCGGGUGGGGAGGACCUCAGCAACACAUUGGACUGUAUCGGUCGUGUCACCGAAAUGCAAUUCUUUGAGUUACUCUACUGGACUAAGGUCACGGGAAGAGGUAUUACAACCCCUUCAACCUCGGACCUUGCGACAACAGGACUGGGAGUCAAGCUGGUCUUACGAUUUCGAGUGUGGCUGUCAAAGCAUGGUCAGUCUGUGAGGUGCAUCUCCCUGGAAGUGGUAUCCGCCACAAGCAUCAGAUCUUUGACCUUCAUAGUGUGUUAA